CUUGUUUCUGCUCUCAGUCUACCAUACCCUUCACCGAGCACUUAGAGGCAAACUACACUUCUCUAAUAUCUUGUACUUUCAGAUGGCACCCGUGCAGCUCUAUGUUUACGACCUCAGCAAUGGCCUGGCCCGACAGAUGUCCAUGCAGCUCACUGGUCGGCAGAUAGACGGGAUUUGGCAUACCUCCAUUGUUGUCUUUGGAUACGAAAUCUUCUAUGGUCAGGGAAUAUGCCUUACACAACCGGGGCAGUCGCAUCAUGGGAGACCUCUGAAGAUAGAGGAGAUGGGCGAAACGCAGACAGACGAGGGGACUUUGACAGAGUAUCUCAAUGGACUGAGGGAGACGUAUACAGCAGAUAAGUAUCACCUUCUAGACUUCAACUGCAACACCUUCACGAACGACCUUGUCGAGUUCUUGACGGGCAACUCGAUACCGGCUUACAUCAAAGAGCUCCCUUCCGACUUCCUUUCCACACCCUUCGGUGCUGCCCUCCGCCCCACCAUUGAUGCCAUGUUCCGAGGACCGCAGAACCCCGCCGCGGUGCGGAGCCCGACCGUCCCCACUCCACCAACUGGCGCGAACGGCGUCGACCCCGCUCUGACAUCAGCCCUCUUACGCGAGGUCGCACAGCGUGCCUCCUCGUCCUCUCCCGCGUCCACAUACCAACCCAACCCCGCAACUGCGAGCCUCACUGGCCAGGUGCACAUCGCGUCGAACAAGGGCUCGUUCGACGACCUGCUCAAGUCGCACCGCCUCGUCGUGGCGAACUUUACAAGUGCGACCUGCGGCCCGUGCCGCGCGAUUGCGCCCGAGUUUGACAGACUCGCCCGCGAACACGGCCGCCCGGGCAAAGGCGGGGUCGCGUUUGUGAAGGUGGACGUCGGGAUGCCGACGGCGUAUGCGAUCUUCCAGGAGUACGGGCUGAGGGGUACGCCGACGUUCUUGUUCUUCCUUGAUGGUAAGAAGGAGGAACAGCUGGUUGGUGCGAAUCCGAUUGAGCUGGGGAGCAAGGUGGAGUCGUGGACGACUUGGCUGGCUAGUAAGCUGCGGCCUAUCGACAAACUCUCGACGGACUCUAUUCUCAUCAUGAAGGUCCCUGAACUCGACGUCGAGUAUAAGAAGCUUAAAGUUGCUGUUGGACAGACGUCUCCGGAUAGUGCUAAACUGGCACUCAAGCCUCUGGACGAGGGCAUGAAGCCUUACCUCAAGGCACGCUUCCCCGCACAAGGUCUCCCAAAGAGUGGCCUCAAUCCAAACGUUCCCGCUUGGCUAGCGGCGACCCGCACUCUGGUGGAGAACGCUCCUGUGGAUAGCCUCGCAUCCCUCCUCGCUAUGUGGCGGCUCGCGGUGCGCGACGAGCCUGUCGCGAAAUGGUGCGCGACUGCACCUUUAUCCGCGAACCCUGCGACCUUCUUCUUGGACCAACUCUUGGGCCAGAUGCAGGCCAAGGAGCAGAGUUCCAUGGCGUUUACAUGGUAUCUGCUUCAGGUGCUUGGGAACGCGUUCGCGCAUGGCUCGCUCGCGCAACGACUGCUUGGGGACAAGGAGACAAGGACGAAGCUGGCUACUACGGUCGUUGAAGGCCUCUUGAGGUACUCGGAAGAGAAAGCUGAGGAGGAGACGGGUGCCGCUGGGAUGUCUGUGGAGGAAAAGACACGCCAGAAGAAGGGACGCGAGAAUGUCCGGAGCGCGGUAGCCGGUCUGGCGUUCAACAUCGCGGCGCGGGUGGCCGUCUUGCGAAAAGAGCGUCAGGGCGAGUGGGAGCGUGGCGAAGGGAUUAUUGACUGGGAGGUGGAAAUUGUCAUUGCGGUUCUUGAAGCAAUCGAGAGGGAGACGAACAUGGAUGUUGUGCAUCGGCUGGUCGCGUCGCUUACUUUCCUGAUUCACGCCUGGCCACCAUACGUUGAAGAGGAGGUGAAGCCGAUGCUCGAGUCGCUGGAUGCCAAGAGCAAGCUACUUGGGAAACUAGAGAAAGGCGGGUGGGCGGCCGUCGGAGAUGCGAAGAAGGCAAAGGAGGAGGAAGUACGGAGUCUCGUGGAGGAUGUUGCCAAGUUGUGCUCAUGAUCAUGGAUAUCCGUGCGGGGUGAGAGAGAUGGCGUGUUAUUAGAUAGAGGCGUAGGGUACAUAAUGUUAUUCUCGGACUGGAUGACGAGGAGGAGUGUAUAACAUGGAGAUUACUAAGAAUAUAUUUGUCUCGCG